AUGGAAAGAUUGAUCAUGGAAAUGGCAGAGACUUUACGGCAGCAACAGCAGCAACCACAACCACAACUGCCACCACCAUCGGUACCUCCACCCGUGGUACAAGAUUUUCAUGCUGAGGACCGAACUAUCAUGCUUACGAGGGAAUUUAAGAAGAUGAAUCCAUCCUCAUUCAAGGGAGGAAUAAAACCGAUGAAAGCUGAAGCAUGGGUGUUGGGAAUAGAAAAGCUGUGCAAAGUAUUUGCUUGUACCGAAGCUCAUAAAGUGCAACUUGCUGCCUUCACUCUUGAAGACGAAGCAUGGAGGUGGUGGAUGCUUACGAGAACUGUGCAUCAAGGCUUAACAUGGGACAGAUUUUUGGAACUGUUUUAUGACAAGUACUUUCCUCAGAGUAUGCGAGACAAAAAGGUGACAGAAUUUGAAACCCUCAGGCAAGGAAACAAAAUCGUUGCGGAAUAUGAAGCCCAAUUUGCGGAACUAGCUCGACUACGGAAUGCCAUCCUUGACCAAGUCAACAAGUUGAAGCUACCCACCUAUGUUGAUGUGUUGGAAAGAGCUGUUAUAACAGAGGGAAACAUUGCUGCUCAGAAUUGGAUUUCCAAGUGGAAAGGGAAAAGGCAGAACAGUCAAUUGUCAAAAGAAUAUGGAAAGAAGCACCGUGAUACUUGUUAUCGGUUGUCUGGAGCAUGUUUUAGGUGUGGUAAAACUGGUCAUCUGGUAAAGGAUUGUCCUCAACAGAAUCAACAAAAUGGUAACAAGGCUGCUACAAGUUUAGCAGGGUCUACACCAGCUCCCAACACCAAGUCAGCUGCUAAGUCUGUUAACAAUAAAGACACUGCAAGACAAGGCAUGGUGUUUGCAUUGGUCCCGGAGGAUGUGCAAAAUGCUGCGACAGUGGUGUUAGGUACAUUUAUUGUUCAUGGUCAUUCUGCUCAUAUAUUGUUUGAUUCUAGCUCUACCCAUUCUUUUGUGUCAAAACUAUUUGAGCAAAAUUUAGAUGAAUCUGAGGAAGUAUUGUCUUAUAUGUUAUGUGUGUCUUCACCUUAG